AUGUCUCUCUCUCUCUCUCUCUCUCUCACUGUCUGUCUCAAUCUCUUUGUUUCAAUCUCUCACACUCUCUCAAUCUCUCUCACUUUCUCAAUCUCUCUCACUCUGUCUCUCUCUCAAUCACUCUCACUCUCUAUCAAUCUCUCACACUCUCUCUCAAUCUUUCCCCCACAUACUCUCUCUCAUUCUCUAACUCACUCUCUCGUUAUCUCUCUCUGUCUCUCUCAGUUUCUUUCCCACACCCUCUCUCUCUCUCUCACUCUCAAUCUCUUUCAGUCUCUCUCACUCUUUCUCAGUAUCUCUCAAUCUUUAUCUCAUUCAAUCACUCUCUCGCUAUCAAUCUCUCUCUCAAUCACUAACACUCCCUCAAUCUCUCCCACUCUUUCUCUCAAUCUCUCUCACACUCACUCUCUCACUCGGUCUCUCAGUCUCUCAAUGUCUCCCUCUCUCUCCCUCUCUCUCUCUUCCCAAUGGAGUUAG